AUGCUUCCUGUGAACGUCUACAUAAACGAGCACCUGACGCCUCACUAUAAGUUCGUGCUCUCAUACGGCAAGAGGAUGGUGAAGGAACGCAACUGCACAGAGCCAACGCACGCAACGGCAAGACAGCAGAUGGUGCAAAUAAAUGGAGUAGAGAGCGACUUGAAGAGCAUCCAAUAUGGUGUGGUACAAGGAAGCACUCUGUGGCCGCUUUUGUUCCUAAUUUACAUCAACAAUCUACCUAAACUGAAUGUAACCGGAAGCCUGUACCUGUUUGCCGAUGAUACAGCCCUGCUGGUGUCUGGUGAUACAAGAAAAGAGAUGUAUGAAACUGCUGUGAGUGACCUUGCAAAGUUGAAAAAAUGGCUUUAUCAUAAUACAUUAACUCUGAAUGAGAAAAAAACUAAAUAUAUGGAAGUUUCAUUGAGAAACACUGUUGAAGACACAACUCAAAGUUUAAUGUUACACUCUUGCAAUGAUUUGCAAAUCUCCUCUUGUGGUUGUCCGUUGAUGGAACGUGUGAAGUGCUACAAGUACUUGGGCGUAAUGUUCGACGAAAACCUCAACCGAACACCCGAACAGCUAUAA